AGCGACUCUCCUUAUAUACACGUUUGCCUUGGUUCAGUUUCCAUCUUGCACCAUGACCAACACGUACCAUUCGGUCGUCGACUCUGUCCAGGAAGCCACGACGCCAACGUCGUCGUCGUCGUCGUCGAAUGCGUCGACGUGGCAGGCCGAGCUCAAGCACCUCUUGUCUCUCGCUGGCCCCAUGAUUUUUACCCUCUUUAUGGAGUCCCUCCACGCCACGAUCAGCGUCGUCCUUGUCGGGCAGAUCGACUCGCCGCUCGCCACCGAGUACGUUGACGCCGCAACGAUGGCAAGUAUGUUUACUUCCAUCACGUCCUUCUCUGUGGGUCUCGGCCUUGCGUCGGCCCUCGACACCCUCUGUACGCAAGCCCACGGCGCCGGCAACACCAAGCAGUUUGGCGUCUACUUUCAAAGCGCCCAUCUCGGCAUGGCUCUGACGUUCAUUCCCGUGGUCAUUCUCAACUGGUUCUCCGGGGAUAUCUUGACCGCGAUGGGCCAAGACGCUGAGAUUUCUGGCUUUGCCGGCACCUUCACUCGCAUCAUCACGAUCGGUCUGCCCUUCUACUUUGUCUACCAGCUCGUGCGCCGGUUCCUCCAAGCCCAUGACAUCGUCUACCCGAUGACGAUGAUUGCGCUCUUGAGCAAUGUUGUGCACAUUGGCCUUGGCUACUACCUCUGCUACCACACGUCGCUCGGCUUCAACGGCGCGGCCAUCGCACGCUGCGUGAGCUACGUGGUGCUGCCUCUGUUGAUGCUGCCGUACUUUGUGUGGCGGCCGAUUCACCGCGAGUGGGGCUUGCACUGGAACAAGGCGGUCGCGGUUGGGAACCUCCGCGAAUUCUUUCGCUUUGGGAUUCCCGGCCUGCUCAUGGUCAUGAUGGAGUACACAGCGUUCGAAGUGCUCACACUCAUGGCGGGCUGGCUGCCCAACCACAAGGUCAUGAUUGGCAUCAACUCGGUGCUCAUCAACCUCAUUUUGAUCUUCUACAUGGUCUUCCUCGGCAUCUCCUUCUCGGCGACCAUCCGCAUUGGCAACUACCUCGGCGCCAACAAGCCGGACGAAGCGCGGCGCGUCGCCAAAAUGGCCAUCGGUGUUUGCGCUUCGCUGUCGUUUGUCACUGGUGGUACGAUGCUGCUCGCGCGCCAUGAGCUGCCCAAAGUCUUUAUCAACGACGUGGAAGUCGUCGAGGGGGCCGCGGUUGCGCUCUGCUACGUCAUUCUCUUGCACAUGAUUGACGCCAUCAACGCUGUCAACCAAGGGAUUUUUCGAGGCAUUGCCAAGCCCGUGAUUGCGACGGCGGUGAAUGCCGGAGCCUACUACCUCAUUGGCCUCCCGAUGGCCGCCGUGUGCGCGUUCGCGCUGCACUGGGACGUCAAUGGCCUCUUUGGCGGCUUCACCCUCGGCGCCUUCACAGCGUGCAGCAUGUACAUGUGGCAGUUGUCCAAGAUCAACUGGGCCGCUGCGGCCAACGAAGCCAUCCUCCGGAGCAAAUCGGGCGUUCCUCUGGACGACGAUGUUGAAGCGUGCUGCACAAAAGUAGCAACCGCGUGCAAUGGUCGGUGCUCGUGUCAGCACGGCGAUGGUCUUGGAUGCAGCUUUGUGCUACUCGUUGUUCGAACUGAUGGAGCUGGAGAUGGUUUAAUGUUUCAGAAUACUAUCAUUUUGCGUUCGCUCCACCACACCAUUAGCAACGUGCUUGUCGGCCGCAUAAACUCCCCGUAUGCAACUGAGUACGUUGCCGCCGCGACCAUGGCGAGUAUGUUUGCUACGAUCACGUCCUUCUCGGUCAGCCUCGGCCUUGCGUCGGCCCUCGACACCCUCUGUGCGCAAGCCCACGGUGCCGGCAACACCAAGCAGUUUGGUGUCUACUUUCAAAGCGCUCAUCUCGGCAUGGCUCUGGUUCUCCUUCCCGUCGUGCUCAUCAACUGGUUCUCGGGGGAUAUCUUGACGGCCAUGGGCCAAGACGCCGAGCUCUCGGCGCUCGCGGGCACCUUCCUCGUGCGCCGGUUCCUCCAAGCGUACGAUAUUGUUUACCCGAUGACAGUCGUCGCGCUCUUGAGCAAUGUUGUGCACAUUGGCCUUGGCUACUACCUCUGUUACCACACGUCGCUUGGCUUUAACGGCGCGGCCAUCGCACGCUGCGUGAGCUACGUGGUGCUGCCUCUGUUGAUGCUGCCGUACUUUGUGUGGCGGCCGAUUCACCGCGAGUGGGGCUUGCACUGGAACAAGGCGGUCGCGGUUGGGAACCUCCGCGAGUUCUUUCGGUUUGGUGUUCCCGGGCUGCUGUUGUCGACGAUGGAGUACACAGCGUUUGAGAUUCUGACGCUCAUGGCGGGCUGGCUGCCCAACCACAAGGUCAUGAUUGGCAUCAACUCGAUUGUACAAAACAUCAGUUUGAUGUUGUACAUGGUGUAUGUGGGCAUCUCGAUUGCAGCGACGAUCCGUGUUGGAAACCUCUUGGGUGCGAACCGCCCCGACGAAGCUCGGCGCGCCGCGACCCUAGCCCUCGUGCUCUGCAUCGGUUGCUCGAUUGUCACUGGCGGGUCGAUGGUGCUAGCCCGAGAUGAGGUGCCGACACUCUUUUUGUCCGACCCAGCCAUCCUCGCGGCGGCCCCCACAGCGAUUUGCUACGGCGCGCUUCAGCACCCCGAGAUUGCGACCGUGGUCAACGCCGGUGCGUACUACCUCGUGGGCCUGCCCCUCGCGGCUCUAGCUGGGUUUGGUCUUGACUGGGGCAUCAACGGCGUUCUCGGUGCGUUCGGCGUCGGGACUCUUACGGCAACCGGACUCGAACUCUAUCAAUUUGCAAAGAUCGAUUGGCGGUUGGCCGCCGAUACUGCGCUGGGUCGCAACGACGUCGAGACCCCUCUCGCUCGUCCCGACGACAAGGUCGAGGUGGCAUAA